AUGACACAAUUUCACGGCCUAACCAACGCGACCAACCUCGCCCACUACUACGAUGAAAAUUACAUCCCCGGCACCGUCAAUGUGUUUGUCGGCACCGACGCCCUGCUGGUGGAGCUGCUGGGGAAACCUUUAAAGCGCCUGCGCAAGGGCGUCAUCCUCAUGCCCCAGCCGCUGGAGCUGCCCAACGACCCGUUGAAUUGGGGGUUCUGGCGUAAGCUGUGGCACUUUGCCCUCUUGUCGUUCAUCACCGCGCUCACCGCCGCCACCUCCAACGAUGCCGGCGCCGCGCAAGAGUCGCUCAACGAGUUUUAUGGGAUUUCCUACGACGCCAUGAACACCGGCGCCGGUGUCCUUUUCCUCUUUAUCGGGUGGCUGUGUAUCUUCUUUGCCCCCGCCUCGUCGCUCUACGGACGUCGUAUCACCUACCUCAUCUGUUUACUCGCUGGUACUUUGGGGCUGGUGUGGUUUGCCCUCUCUGACCGUACCGCCGACACCAUCUGGUCGCAGGCGUUUGUCGGGAUGUCCGAGGCCUGCGCUGAGGCCCAGGUGCAGCAGUCGUUGCUGGACAUCUUCUUCCAGCACCAGUUGGGGUCGGUGUUGACGGUGUAUAUCUUGGCGACGUCGGUGGGGUCGUUUUUGGGUCCGUUGAUUGCCCACUUGAUUUCGCAGCUGAUGACGUUCCGCUGGGUCGGCUGGAUGGGGGCGAUCAUCUGUGGCGGUACGCUUGUGGUGACGUUGUUUUUCUGUGAGGAAACCGUGUUUCCCAGGGAGAAGUAUGCUCCCGUGUAUGACGCUAACAGCAUCCCCAGCUCUGAGGAAGGUGUCAAACAAGAUGAGAAACACGAUCUGGAGACUCCCGUGGUUGACGAGAAGAAUCUGAUUGACGAUAUCGACCGCCAAUCGACGCAUGUCCACGAAAAGAAGCUUUCCAUUGUUGCCGCGAAAACUGACUUUGAAAGCCAACAGGAACAGAAAAAGCCCUACUGGCAACGCAUCGCCAUCAUCACUCCGUCGCCUUAUUUGAUUGGCUUCGGGUUCAAGCAAUACUUAGAACGGUUUUUGCUCUACUUCAAAGUGUUCACGUUACCAGCAGUGUGGCUCCUGGGCCUUUUGUGGGGGUUACAGGAUGCCUAUAUGACGUUCUUUUUGACUACACAAGAUACGUUUUUCUAUGACGAUCCCUGGAAUAAGCUGGAAACUGGUGUUGCAGUGAUGAACGUUGCCACGUUAAUUGGCGCCUGUAUCGGGUGUUUCAUGGCGGGUGUGCUCUCCGACAAACACGUCUUGUGGCUCGCUAAGCGCAACAACGGCGUCAUGGAGCCUGAGUACCGCUUAUGGUUGCUUUUCAUCACUUUAAUCAUCUCCCCCGUGGGGCUCAUUAUGUUUGGCGUUGGUGCCGAUAAGACGUGGCCGUGGCAGGCGAUCUACGUCGGUCUUGGUUUCAUUGGUUACGGGUGGGGUUCCGUCGGCGACACCGCCAUGCUGUACCUCAUGGACUGCUACCCCGAGAUCGUCAUCCAGGGGAUGGUGGGGGUCUCCAUUAUCAACAACACGUUGGCGUGCAUCUUCACCUUUGUGUGCCUGUUGUGGCUCGACUCGCUGGGGACGACUAACACCUACAUUGCGUUGGCGGUAAUUGAUUUUGUCACUAUCGCCUUGAUUAUCCCCACGAUCAUUUGGGGUAAAACCUGGCGUAAAAAGACGAAGAAGUUGUACCUCGAGAUGGUGGAAAAGACCCAGGGUAUGGGUUAA